AUGAGAGUUGUUGUUUUAUUAUUAGCAUUUACACUAUCUUUUGCAAUAAUUUGCAAUUGUGUUAGCUCUCAAGAUGCCACAUUGGUGCCUGCUUUGAUCACUUUUGGAGACUCAGUUGUCGAUGUGGGAAAUAACGACUACAUACACACCAUUUUCAAGGCUAAUUAUCCUCCUUAUGGUAGGGAUUUCAAGAACCAAGAAGCUACUGGAAGGUUCUGUAAUGGAAAAUUGGCCACCGACAUUACAGCCGAGACCCUCGGAUUUACGAGUUACCCGCCGGCUUACCUGAGCCCACAGGCAUCCGGCAAAAACCUUCUCGUAGGCGCCAACUUUGCCUCCGCUGGUGCGGGAUAUGACGACCACACAUCCCUUCUAAGCCACGUAAUUCCACUGUCACAACAGCUGCAGCACUACAAAGAGUACCAAACAAAACUAACAAAAGUCGCAGGGCAGUCAAAAUCGGCAUCCAUCAUAAAAGACGCUUUAUACAUAGUAUCUGCUGGCAGUAGCGACUUUAUACAAAAUUACUAUAUUAACCCUUUCCUCAACAAGGCCUACACUCCCGACCAGUAUUCAUCCUACCUCGUUGGCAUCUUUACCUCCUUCAUCAAGGACCUUUACGGGCUAGGGGCGAGGCGGAUAGGGGUGACCUCACUGCCGCCACUGGGUUGCCUACCGGCGGCUCGAACCAUAUUCGGGUUCCACGAGAGCGGUUGCGUGUCGCGUAUCAACACUGACGCCCAAGGGUUCAACAAGCGGCUCAAUGCCGCCACGUCGCAGCUCCAGAAGCAGCUCCCGAGCCUCAAGAUCGUUGUCUUCGACGUCUUCAAGCCCCUCUACGACAUUGUUGCCGACCCCAAGAAAAACGGGUUUACGGAGGCGACAAAAGGGUGCUGCGGGACGGGAACGAUUGAGACGACGUCACUUUUGUGCAACCCGAAGUCGAUUGGGACGUGCCCGAACGCGACGCAAUACGUGUUUUGGGACAGCGUUCACCCGUCUGAGGCAGCCAAUCAGAUUCUCGCAGACAGCUUGAUCCUCCAAGGCAUCGGCCUCAUUUCGUGA